AAGAAAAAGAAAAAGAAAAGAAAUAAAGUAAGAAAAAAACACUAUAAACAAAGACAAAUACAAAGCAUCUUCGAUGCAGAUAUUACGGUAUCAAUUACAGCAACCUUCUCAGUCCCGAAAAGUCCGAAGCUCAAAUAGUUCAAUGCCGAUUCUCCCAACACCACCGUCAUCGGAGCUUUCCUCCUCCGAUCUGUAACUUUCUUCUACGGUAAUGUUAUACUGGAGGUUUGCCCAACCACUAUCUUGGAGGAGGUCAAGUCUCAGCUUCUGUUAUAUGCCUCAUGUUUCCUUCUUGUGGCAAUAAACCAAGCAGGAAGGAUUAUAAAUAAUGAAUAAUGGAAACGAGGAAGAUAUUUUGAGCCCUGAAAACUGUUCCAAAUUUUAGUGGAGAAAAAAAAAAUUUCUUAUAUUUUCCCAUAGACAUCACCUGCCUUAAUUAAAAUGGGAGAAACCCAACUUGAAGAGUCUGAAGCAACUAAUAGACAGAUCAGCAGUAACACAAAGUCCAAUUCUAAACUGAUUGUAGAGAAAACAUUUGAGCGUCCUGAGUGGCUACCUGAUGGCUGGAAUGUGGAUUUCAAAACUCGAAAAAGUGGUUCAGCUAUGGGACAGGGAUAUAAGUGUUACAUUAAUCCGCAUGGAAAGAAAUUCUACUCCAAAUUAGAAGUGUUACGGUAUCUUGAAACUAUAAAGGGCAACAACUGCAAUUCCAGAAAGGAGGAAUCCAAUACCAUCCAUUCUCCAAACAAUGAUGCACUUGAGAAGCCCAUGGUUGAGACAUCCAGGACUGAGAAUUCCGUGGCUGAGAAGUCCACGGCUGGGAAGCCCACGGCUGGGAAGCCCAAGGCUGGGAAGCCCAGGGGUGAGAAGUCCACAACUGGGAAGCCCAGGUCUGAGAAGUCCACAGCUGAGAAGCCUGGGGCUGAGAAGUCCACAGUUGAGAAGCCCAGGGCGGAGAAGUCCACAGCUGAGGAUUUACCACCUGGCUGGAUAAUAGAAGUCAAAGAAAGGAAGAACAGCAAAACCAAUAGAAAAGAUUUGUUAUAUAUAGAUCCAGAGAGUGGAUAUGUAUUCCGUUCCAAGAAGGAUGCACUGCGGUAUCUCGAGUCUGGAGAUAUAAGUUCGUGUGCGAUUAAACCAUUUAAACGGGAAAUUCAAGAUGAAGAUAAAUUAUCUCCGGCCUCUACAGUCAAAAAGCAGAAAAUAAAGCAGUCUGGAAUUAACCGACAACUUUUUGCUGGCAAAGAAAUAUCCGAUGAAAGCAGCUUAGAAUUGCCAGAUGCUAACAGCUCAGAAAAAAGGCAACAUGUGGAGGUGUCUUCUGGAAUGAUGGCUCCUUUUGUACCUACAGGGGAAUCUAUUGGCCAAAUUCAAUCGUUAAAGAAUGGAGUUGCAUACCCUCGCAAAACAAAGAAAAUGUCUGAUCCAGAUGAUGUGCAAAAUAAGAAUGAUGUUGUCAAUGUGGUUGAAAAUGCUAGUAAGAAGAAUCACAGUAACCCUACUGUAUCAAAAAACAGGGGGUUCAGUGUGGCUCACCGGUCUUCGCCGAGACUUGCUGCAGCAGAACCUGACCAAUUGACUAACAGCCUGACCAGUGAACAGUGCCUUGAAGUUCCAAGAAGAAACUUGAGAAGAGGUAGUCAGGGUUUGGCCGCUGACGAUCACUUUUUGAAAGAAUCCAAAUUGCUUGCAAGUGAGAUUGCUAAAAGUGGAGAAAUUUGUCCUGACUUGAACAAAUCCAGCAACAAGAAAGAGCCUUCGGUUCCUCGGCGAGCAUCAAAAAGACUUGCUGGAUCUGAGCCUGAGCUGAUGAGCAACUCCCUCUCCUAUGAAACAGCUCCGGAAUAUAAUAAAAGCAAAAAGUCUAAAAGUGGGAUCAAUACAAACUUGCUUUCAUGUGAUGGUGAGGCAGGGUUGAAGCUUGUAGAACAUGGAUCAAUGAAUGGAUUGUCAUCCACCAGAGGGAGGAAACACCCCCAAACCUUGCCUGUAACCAAAGAUAAACUGGAUAAACGUAAAAAUGAGGAAAUGAAUGAUGAGAAAUCAGAACUUCAGCAAUCUCUUGCAUUCCAUUAUUCUUGGUCUGACCCAAGUUUGGAGUUUGCAAUUAAGACCCUCACUGGCACAUUACCUGCAGAGGAUUCAGUUGCCAACAGACCUAUAGUGAUUUCUGAAACAGAUAAGUUGCCUGAAAAUGAUGUGUUUAAGAAUGUUACAGGAAGCAACAGUGACAAAAAACCCAAGGUAAAUUCAAGUAAAUCCAAGAAGAAGAAAGAGCCUAAAGUGCCUACGCGAUUGUCUAAGCGACUUUCUGGCCAUGAUCCUGAGGUACUUCCUACUGAAACAGCACCUGAAUAUUCCACUAGAAAAUCAGGUAAGAUUAAACCAGAUGCAAAUGAGAUUUUAACUAAUGGAGCAUCCGGGAAGCUUCAUGCUGGGGAAGAAUCAUCCAACCUUAUUGUUCAUGCAUCUGACAUGUUGAAAACUAGCAAAUGUGGUGAAUCAUCGAAUGGUGAUGAGUUGCAAAAAUCACAACCUGUUCCCAAUGAACAACAACGGGGGCCUGAAGCUGAAAGUAUUAAUGAGAGAUCAGAGCCACAGUUCCCUGUACAGUUUGGGGACAACUGGUCGGAUCCAUGUGUAGAAUUUGCAGUUAAGACUCUCACUGGUUCGGUGACUGUUGAUACUGCCAAUGUGCCUGUUGUGACACUUGAUGUCAAUGACCCACCAAAUGAGGAAUUGUCGGAGAAUGCAGUGCAGAAGAGCAGUAAUGCUGCUGCCGAUAACAACAAUCAUUGCCAGAUCAAGGAAGUGCUUAAUGCACCAGUUUGCCGGCCAUCGGAACAAUGCUUAGGGCAAGGGCAACCUGAGUUGAGAUCCAACCCUACAUCCUAUCAAAGUGAUCCUGCAUUUGCAAGUAGUGUGUCUUGCGGUGAUGAAGGCAAAAUAACAAGGAACUCUGAUGGGGGACAAUCUCUACAUGUUGAAGCUGGGAAUAUGACGCAAAUUGAUAUAAACACACUCUUUUUUGACGACCCAUUCACAGAAGAUGAACAGAUUCUUGAGGAUAAUUCUAUUGCAGAACAAGCACAGCCUGGAACAGAAGCUACGAACCGUGAUAACUCUGAAAGAGAGUUUUGUGUUUCCUUCAUGGAUACUUGGUCAGACCCAUGCUUAGAAUUUGCAUUUAAGACACUCACGGGAGAUAUCCAAGUUGAGGAAAAUAUGGCAGAGCAAGGAUGUUUCCCGGAACAUGCGAACCGACAUGACCAGAGAAAUGGUGGCUCGGCAUUACCGGAAAUCGGAUCUUCCAGCAUCUCCCGAAGUCACAUGGCAGAGAAAUCCAUGCCGCCACAACCACCAUCAAUGAGCCCUUCGUUCCUAUCCCGAAGUCACAUAGCAGAGAAAUCCGUGCUGCCACAACCAUCAUUGAGCCAUUCCUUCCUGUCCCAAAGUCACAUGGCAGAGAAAUCCAUGCCGCCACAACCACCAUCAUUGAGCCAUUCGUUCCUCUCCCAAAGUCACAUGGCAGAGAAAUCCGUGCCGCCACAACCACCAUCAAUGAGCCCUUCGUUCCUAUCCCGAAGUCACAUGGCAGAGAAAUCCGUUCCGCCACAACCACCAUCAAUGAGCCCUUCCUUCCUCUCCGGAAGUCACAUGGCCGAGAAAUCCGUGCCGCCACAACCACCAUCAAUGAGCCCUUCCUUCCUCUCCGGAAGUCACAUGGCAGAGAAAUCCGUGCCGCCACAACCACCAUCAAUGAGCCCUUCCUUCCUCUCCGGAAGUCACAUGGCAGAGAAAUCUGUGCCGACACAACCACCAUCAUUGAGCCCUUCCUUCCUCUCCCGAAGUCACAUGGCAGAGAAAUCUGUGCCGACACAACCGCCAUCAAUGAGCCCUUCCUUCCUCUCUCUAAGUCACAUAGCAGAUAAACCCAUGCCGGCACAACCGCCAUCAAUGAGCCAGCCCUUCCUCUCCCUAAGUCACAUAGCAGAUAAACCCAUGCCGGCACAACCGCCAUCAAUGAGCCCUUCGUUCUUACCCCCGACACAACACUCAUCACCACAGUCAACGAUGAACUCUUCAAUCUUCCCCGAAGAAAAAUCAAGCCAGCAGCACACAGGAGCCGAUGCGCAGAGGCAUUAUUCUCAGUACAACAUUAAUUUUCAAAGAAGGUAAACACUCGCAAAACAUGAGCUUAAGUAGCUAAUUAUGAUUGGUAAUGUCUGACUCUAUUGUUGUAGACAACAAGACCAAUGUUUGUAUUAAUAUUUCUGGUCGAGGUUUGUGAAUACCUUCUGAAAAAUGAACUUAGACAUGAUGUAUUGUAUUGUACUAUUGUCUGCAAUCUGCGGAUAACAUCCAGGUGAUUAUAGCAUCAACUUUUGGGGCGAUGAUAAGGCCUCCAAGGUUAAAAUCAUAGAAGUUGCAAUAUUAUGUCUAGGACCGAGCAUUGAGCAACACGCAAGUCUUCCUUAGCGGCCAA